GACCUUGAUUAUUUUGGAGGACCUAUAUGUCACUUACUCAAAUGUAAAGCCCAAAUCCAAUACAGAUUUUUUCUUUUAAUUUUUUUAAAAAUCUUUUUGCCUUUUUAUUUUUGUCCGAUGAACCCUGCUUAAUCCUCCAUUCCUCCCGGAACCGCGAAUUCACUCUCGCAGGCAAUCGCCGUCGCACAAUCCACCACCCGCCUAAGCCGUCCGCCGUCCGCCGUCCACUCUCCAUCCGGGCCCUCCAUACGGCCGCUUCUCUCUCAAAUCGAUGGUGUCUUCUAUAGAAACUCUUCAUGUCUGCUAGAACUUUCUUCAAAAUAAAUUCGCGGUGUUGGCUGAAUCGACUCUUGUUUUUCUGCCAUAUAGGGAGCUUUUAAUACGUAUUUUAGAAUUGUUGGUACUUUUACAUGAACAAAACAUCGGGUAUCCCCCAUUCUCCUUUACGAGUUUGAAACCGAGUUCCGUUCCAUGGCAGCAUGUUGUCCAAGUUGCUCCAAGUUCACACCAAGUUCUUUUCUUCCACACUCCUCUCUUGUUCCCUCUUUUUUCGGUGUCCCUUCUAGCUAUGUGAGGUCUGUUAAUGUCCGUUGUUUCUAUAAGUGUCAAAGAGUUUGGCUUCGGUCAAGCCGUCGUUUUGUUCCUCUACUUGCUUCGUCGUGCAGCAAUUUUGAGUCUGUGGAACUGCAAGAAGCCCAGAAUGCUGUUUCAAAACUUCUUCGAGAAUUCGGGGUGUCUGAGGAGGAAUCUAAUUCUAUUGCAUCUAAUUCACCGAAGUAUGUGAGGAUGCUGGUUGAUGAAGUACGGGAUUUGGACGAACUUUCAAUGUGGGAGACGCAAAUUGGCGGGUUCCAGGAGAAAGUGGUUCACAUUGCUAGGAAGAAAGGUGAUAAUGGCAAAGUUGUAUACUUGGAGAGUCUGGGUUUGAGCCUCUCUUCAGCUAUGAACGUGGCCAGAUAUCUGUCAGGAGAAACACUUGUAGCACUCAUCCAUAAGGUUAAGUGUAUGAAGGAACUGUUCUUUUCUGGCAGUGAAAGUUAUGAGUUCCCGGUCAGAAGAGUUCGCAAUAUGAUGAUGCAGUUAUCUAUUCCUAUUGAUGAAGAUCUGCAGCAGACUUUGUCCUUUUUUGAAAAGGUUGAAGCAAGGCGUGGAGGUUUGACCAUGUUGAAUUCCAGUGAUGCUGCUUUUGAUUUUUUAAUUGAAUCAUUUCCCCGUCUACUUUUGUUAUCAGUAAAAUCUCACAUGAAACCGUUAGUGGAAUUUCUUGAGAGUGUUGGAAUCCAAAGAGAUCUCAUGAGAAAUAUACUGUUGACUUUUCCUCCCUCUUUGCUGUGGAAUAUUGAAGUAUUUAAAAGUCGAAUACUAGCCUUGAAUGAGAUUGGUGGUGUAAAUAACAAUCAUGUUAAGUUGCUGAUAAAAUAUCCAUGGAUAUUAUCAAAAAGCAUUCAAGACAACUAUAAGGAAAUCCUCUCUUUGUUUGAUUCGGAGAAGGUUCCCAAGGCAUUUGUUGAUCAUGCAAUCAAAAGCUGGCCCCAUAUCCUGGGCUGUUCAUCUAGCAAGCUAAAGCUGAUGGUUGAUCAGUUUGGUGAGAUAGGAGUUCAACAGAAGAAGUUAGGUCAAGUUAUUGCUAAAAGUCCUCAGCUACUGUUGCAGAAGCCACAAGACUUUCUCCAGGUUCAGCUUCCUUCUAGUUCAACUAUAGUAUGGAAAUCCAGGUCAAACCGCCUAGUUGAACUGGUUGUUCUGUUCUUUGAAAAUAUGGGGUUUGAUAGACAAACAAUUGGGAAAAUACUGGUUCGCUGCCCUGAAAUCUUUGCUGCUUGCCCUGCCAAGACUCUCAAGAGAAAGAUUGAGUUCCUCCAUAGUAUUGGUGUUUCUGAAGUUCACCUUCCUCGGGUCAUAAAAAAGUAUCCAGAACUUCUUGUGUCCGAUCCAGACAGAACCAUGCUACCUAGGUUGGUGUACUUGAUGAAGUUAGGACUAUCUGAAAGAGACAUUGCAUUGAUGGUACGAUCAUUUUCUCCUCUGCUUGGAUACAGCAUUGAGGAGGUUCUGAGACCCAAAGCAGAAUUUCUGGUGAACACAAUGGAGAGGCCAGUGAAGGACGUGGUGGGAUACCCCAGGUAAAUCGAGGAACAAUCAUACAUUAAAUAUCGGCAUCUUUCGAUGAGGAUUUAGACGUUGGUUUGUUACAUUGUGAAAGAAUAAUUUCUUCCAAUGGGCGCAAUCCCUGUUGAAUUGAAAUUCUUAUCUUUUAAAUAAUGCAGUUGGUAGAUGUACUUGAGAGUGAUUAGUUGAGUCAUUUCAGAAGAUGAGAUUAAUGGUUUGUAUAAUAAGUUCACUAAUCACUAGAGGAUAACAAAUUAUGUA